AUGGAGAGCGGGGUACACGCAGCGGUUCCGCUGCGAGUCGGUAAAAAGAUGAGGAAGCGGCGGGAGCUCGACGCACUAGUGGGGGGUAUCGGGUCGAGGGGUGGCCGGCUAUUGUCCGCGUCGAGCGACGAAGGAGAGCCCUGGGGGCGACGGACGUCUCGACGUCGGAAGACCAGACCGUUUGUCCGUCUCGCGGCGGCGCUUGCGCUCUGUGUCUGUGUAGUAUCUGCGGCUACAGUUCUUUGGCUGUUUGUGGACGUACGAAAACAAAUUGGCUCGUUACGAGUGGAAAUGGAUAGAGUGUCAACAAUAGGCGGUAACGUGAACGACGACCUGCAACUGUGCCAUACGACGUUCAAGGAAUUAAAGAAGAAUGCCAGCGCGCUCCAAGAGAGGAUCGAUAAGCUGGAGGUCGCUCAGCAAGCGCUGGCGUCCAAGAUGAACAAGACGGCUAGCGAGCUGAUGUCUGUGUCAGAACAGCUAUCUGCCGCACCGAAACUCGUGGAUACACCGAGAAGGCUGGCGGAGUUGCAAAGGACUGUUGCUGACUUUGGUUCGCAGAUCAAAGGAUUUGACAGUGCAAUAGCGUCAGCGCGGAAGCAGGCUCAAGCAGCCACUGCAGCCGCUGAAGACCUGAAGGUCUACUUGCUUCACUUAGAGGAGAGGACCAAUGAAACGAUUGCUAAUCUAUCGGCCACCGUUAGUCAGGAGGACCAACUAAUGGCUCAAUUGAUGGCCUUGAAUGAGACUUAUGUGUACAGAAUAAACGAACUGCAAGCGAAAAUGGAUGAGAUGAUCAAACCACCAAAACCGGUACCAGUGGUUCCCACUGCCAGGUCGAGCUCAAUACCAAUUUACACUAGUACCACCACGAUUCAACCAGGUCCAGCGAAACCCAGCGUCCUUACGAUGAAGGAACCAGCCACGACUUAA